CCUCAAUCUGUACCAAUACAAUGCUCAUCUUCCCUUGUUCGAGUUGAACCCCCCAAACGCUGUUCCUGCAUUGGGCCCUCCCCAGAUGACGUAGCCUUGCAGCUUCAUCUCGACUUCCUCUCCCCUCCUCGCGUGCUUGCUUACCGCCGCCUGCCAUUUCCCAAGCUUCACCGUAGUCCAGGCGGAGAGCCUCGUGCGCAGGAUCCCCGGUGCUACACCCUCGCCGCAGUCGUGAUGGCCUCCCCGUCUUCACCAGGCCGGUCUAACAGGCCUAGCUUGGGAAAAAACUCUUUGGGGAGAAGCAACAGCUAUCUGGAUGACCAUCUCGAAUACAGGUCACAUCAAAGCGGCCCAACGACGAGUAUCGAUGGAGUUCUCGAUCGCCAGCCUACUCGGAGUCCUCGUAACACCAUAUCAAGCGCAUCCCUGGCGUCUAGGAGAUCGGUCAGUGCAAUCGCACCUUCGCCCAUUGUGUCUCAAGAGAGUGGAACUGUGUAUACAAUGUCGCAUACCAAUUGCAUAGCCGAACUGGGCGAUCCCGCCAGGAUUGUUGCGACUAUCUUCUACAACUCAAAGUCUCCGCGACACCCACACGUCCACCCCGAUCAGUCACCUCCCGCAAAGCCUACGGAUCCCAUGCCAAUGCCAGAAAUCGCCGAAGGUUCUGCUCCAACAACCAGCAUAUCGGAAUACCCGCUGGAACCGCCUGCACCUGAGCCUGAGCCCCUCGAUCACAUCUACGGUGCAUACGUCUCACAACUAUGCUUGACGCAUUUCUUGUCAACUCUGGAUUCGCUCCUCAUCCACAACAAGCCGGAGGAACGAAGGUUGACCUCUUCGCACCGGUGCCUGUCGCCUGACCCAGCAAAACCCCGAGUUGUCGAGGUCACCUUCAGUCCACCUCCAAAUCCAGAGUAUCUCCCGUUCGACCUAAUCACCAAACACGAAUCCAUCUAUAAAUUCGAACGGGAAUGGAAUUGUGAAGUCAUUCUCCAACCGUCGACGGUUUUCCGCCGCCACAAGCGCCUUUGCGUUUUCGACAUGGACUCGACCCUGAUUCAACAAGAGGUCAUCGACGAGAUUGCUGCGUUCAUUGGUGUCAAGAAAGCCGUCGCCGCCAUCACCGAACGCGCGAUGAAUGGUGAACUCGAUUUCUCUGCCUCUCUCAAAGCCCGCGUUGCCCUCCUCAAGGGUGUACCUGCCGACGUCUUUGAGCAUCUGAAGCCCAAGAUUGUCAUCACGCCGGGCGCCAGAGAACUCUGCAAAUGUCUCAAGCGGCUCGGUUUUACACUCGCCGUGCUAAGUGGUGGUUUUCAGCCUCUCGCAGACUGGCUCGCCCACGAACUCGGCCUGGACCAUGCCUUUGCCAAUCACCUUGUCGUGGACCACGCGAGUAACACGCUGACGGGCGAGCUCAACCCAGACUACCCAAUCGUCGACGCGCAGCACAAGCGGAACCUGCUGAUCAGUUUGGCGAGCACCAAGGACAUUCCGCUCGCGCAGACCAUGGCCGUCGGAGAUGGAGCUAACGACAUCCCCAUGCUCAAGACUGCCGGGUUGGGCGUCGCGUGGAACGCAAAGAGCAAAGUCCAAAUGGAGGCGCCGGCGCGCUUGAACAUUGGGAAGAGCAUGCUUGACCUGGUGUACCUCUUAGGCUUGACGGAGCACGAAAUCCAAGAGUUACUGAACGCUUCUUAGACUCAGACUCCUAGGUAGUUGGAAGUGCUUGGGAGUGACGCCUCCGAGUGAGACUUCAUGCAUUCGGGUACUGACCAUAUGGGUCUUCACGAUCACUGUUUUUCACACCGGUACGCGUACUGGGAGGAAGUAGAGGGCUGGCGUAUAACGACAGGCAUGAAAUCGCGUGGGAAUAUACGUACACGAACGCGCCAGCGAGCAAGCAGAUCCAAUCUGAUCACUGAGUAUCGACGGCCCUGGCGCCCCGUAUUCUUUUUCCGGGAGAGUACACCUUAGGUAGAGCAGUACUUGUCAGACCGGAAACGACAAUACCUGUAGAAGUCGACAUUGGGUCUCUUCUGAGAUAGUGGUGUAUGGGUUACAUGCACACGAAUAAAGAAAGCCAUUCAACAACACUUCUACUGCUCUUAUGGAGACUACGUAACCAGUAUUGUCACGGUAGUUGUGAGUUCUCACGACUGCAUCCGUAGGACAAGCCACCAAGGUAGAGAAAACAAUUCGAU